AUGAAAAAAUAUAUUUAUAUUAUUAAUUUGGCUGCAUUUUUUAUUUCCGGUAAUAUAAUUUGUGCAACCAAAAUUGAGGAAAAUAACAACAAACACGCCCCAAAGUUAAACAAUUAUAAUCCAUAUCAUAAUUUAAAAGAAAAUGAUUUUGAUAAUUCAAACUUUUCAAAUGGAAAACAAUAUGAUAAUAAAAAUAAUUCCAUUAAUAAUGAAAAAAAUAUACAGCCAUAUUUAAUAAAUAACAACUCCUUUCAAAAUAAAAAAAACAUAAACAAUGCAAAACUCACAUUAUAUAAUGAAUAUAAUAAGACAAAUAAUCUUGAUCAUUUUAGAAAUUUUAGUCAUGAACAUGAAAAAACAAAUAACAGAUUAAUUGAAAUUAAUAAGUCUUUUUUACAAAUAACCGUUAUAUCUCAAAUUAAUAGAAUUGUACUCGAUGUAGUCGAUACCAUAUAUGGUGUAAAUGAUAAUGAUGAAAAUGUAUUAUGGUUUUUUUAUAACCCUCUAUAUUCUUCUGAAUAUAUUCUAAAAAUAUUAGAUAAAUUAAAAAUAUCUCAAUCCAAUGAUAUAAGUAAAUUGAAGAAAGCUCAUGAUGAUAUUUAUAAUAAUAUCGCAAGAAUAAAAGAGUUAUGCGAACCUAAAAAAAGUGAAUUAAUAAAGGAACUUGACAAAAUACACAAUCCUUUUUAUAAUUUUUAUAAUAAUCCUCCGAUGGAUGAUUAUAACUCAUAUACAACAUCAAAAACAAACUUUAUAAGUUGCUUAACAAAUGAACUUGAAAAAAUAAAAAAUAAACCAAAUGAUAUUAUUUCAUCUGAAGAAGGCGUAUAUAAAAAGAAUUGUAAAAAUAACAGAAAACUCAAGGAUCUUGAUAAGAAAGAUUCUGAAUUUUGUAAAAAUGUGACGUAUCUCGGUCCAAGUUGUAAUAGAAGCUGGGAUGUUCCCAAAGAUAAUGAAGUGAUUCCAUUUAUAAAUUUUCUAAUAACCGAAUUAGAAAAAAACAAUAGUCUAAAGAAUCUUGUAACAAAACUAGAAUUUAUAAAAAAACAAAACGAAGAUAUUCAAAAUAAACAUAAUAAACACAUAGAAAUAUGUAAAAAAGAAGAGGUUUCUGUGAAUAAAUGUACCAAAACUAUUAUUGAUAAUACUAAUUGUGAUCAACAUUUUAAUGAAAUUAAAAAAAUAGGGGAGUCAUAUAGUAUUAUAAAAUAUAAUCAUACAGUUCUAGAAUAUUUAGAAUCAAUACGUCUUACUUAUAAACAUUCCUUAUUAUACUUUUUAAAAUUGAUAGGGGACGCAUUAAUAAACAAAGUAGAUUCAGAUGGAAAUAUAAUAGAAAAAGAUGAAAUUUCUGAUUUUAAUUUGUUGAAACCACAAUCUACAUUCAAAUCAUUAGAAGCUGAAUUCCUUAAAAUAUUUGAAAACAAAUGGGAUUUUUAUAAAAAUACACAAAAUCUUAAUGGCACCAAAGAUCCAAUGAAAAAUACAAUAUCAUUAAUUUUACCACUUAUGAAUCAAUUUAAAGGUUUGAAUGAAUCUAUGAUAAAAUUAAAAAAUAGUGGAAUUUUAAGAAAAUACACAAUUAGUAAUCAAAUCAAAAAUAAAUUAAAUGUAUCAACUUAUCCAGAAGGAAGGGAAGGGUUUACAUCUUCCCUAGAAUUAGCGAAAAGUUGGGAAAAAACAAAGCUGGAAACAAUAACGGAAUUGACAAAAAGCAAUGAAGAAACUGUUCGAUUGGAAAAAGAAAUUAGAGAGUUAUUUAAAAAAUAUUUAGAUGAGGAGGCUGAAAGGAAAUAUUUAGAAGGCUUAAAAUUAGAAUUAAACAAAAAAAUAAAAGACAUAAUUGCCAAAAUCGAAUAUGUUAAAAACACAGUUGAAUUAAAGAAAGAAAUAGAAAAAAACAAUGCAUACAUUGAUGAAUUAGCUAACCAAUCACCAUAUAAAGUUACGGGAUAUAUAGAAAACAAAAAUACAAUAUAUAAUACAAUAAAAUCAUAUUUUGACCAAAUUUAUGAAGGUGACAUUGAUACAUUUUACAAUGAAUUAUCUUCUAUAGUUAAAGAAGAUCCCAUUGAUGAUAUAGAAGACAAAACGAAACUUGAAAAUUUAAGAUCGAAAAUAGAUAAUGUAUAUGAUAAAAUCCAAAAGAUGGAAAUUGAAACAGUUAAAUCACAUCUAAAUAAUAUAGAAACUAACAACAAACUACCAAACACAAUUUUGGAGAUAAAAAAAUAUAUAUAUGAUGAGAUUAGUAAAGAACUAAAUAAAAUGUUAGAAGAUUUUAAAAACAAAGAAAAAGAACUAUCAAAUAAGAUAAGUGACUACGAUAAAAAACGUGAGCAAUUAAGUGAAUAUAAAUCUAAAAUGUUAGAAAUCAGAAAUCAUUAUAAUAGUCAAACUAAUGUAGACAAUACAAAAGAAGAAGAAGCCAAACAAAACUACGAUAAAUCCAAUGAGCACAUGACAACAAUACCAACCAACGAAGAUGAAAUAUCAAAAAUCAUCAGUGAAGUAAAAACUAUGAAAGACGAAAUCUUAAGUAAAGUAAAUACAUAUAUUGAUUUUAACAAAAAAUAUAAAGAAACUGUCAAUUCAGAGCACAGUCAAUUUACUGAAUUAACAGAUAAAAUAAAAGCAGAAGUUUCGGAUAAAGAAUUAAAAAAAUGUGAACAAAGUUUUAAUGAUAAUAAAUCUUUAAUUAAUGAAACAAAAAACUCCAUUGAAAAGGAAUACCAAAACAUUAAUACCCUUAAAAAGGUAGAUGAGUAUAUAAAAGUAUGUAAAAGCACCAAAGAGUCAAUAACAAAAUUUAGUAGUAAACAAACUAUAUUAAAAGACAUGUUAAAUCAAAAUAUUAAAACCGUAAAGGAAACUAAUUCAAUAGACAAAUCUUAUAUAGAAAAGUUUGAACAAAUAUUAACAGGUAAACAGACAAAAUUAGAAAACAAAUUCACAGAAUUUUCUUUAAAUAAUCACGAAGCAAAUAAUAAUGAAUUGAUAAAAUAUUUUAGUGAUUUAAAAGCAAAUUUAGGAAUAAAUGAAGAAAACAUGUUAUAUAAUCAAUUCACUGAAAAAGAAAAAACUUUUAAUGAUAUUAAGGAAAAAAAUAUCCAUAUAAAUGAAGAAAUUUCAAAAAUCGAAAUAAAAAUUCAUGCAUCAAUUUAUAAUAUUAGUGAAGAAACAGAAAGAGAAAUUGGAAUAAAUAUAGAAUCACUAAAUACCAAAGUAUUUGAAAAGGUAAAAGAAAACGUAACCAAUUUGAAUAAAAUAAAGGAAAAAUUAAAACAUUAUGAUUUUAGUGAUUUUGGGAAAGAAGGAAAUAUAAAAUAUACUGAUAAAAUUAAAAAAAUUAAUGAUGACAUUAUGGCUGUAAGUCAACAAAUCGAUCAACAUAUAAAUGGAUUAGAUGAUAUACAAAAAAAAUCAGAAAGCUAUGUUAGUGAAAUGAAAGAACAAAUAAAUAAAUUAGAAAAGGUAUCAAAUACCGAAAUAUCUAACGAUAAUGUAGAAGGAAUAAAAAAAAAACAACAAAUCAUAGUAACAAAAAUAGACAAAAAAAAAAAUAUAUAUGAGGAAAUAAAUAAAUUAUUAAGUGAAAUAUCAAAAAUAGAAAAAGAUAACACAUCGUUAGAAAAAGUAAAAGAUAUAAAUUUAUCAUAUGGACAAAAUUUAGGCAACCUAUUUUUGGAACAAAUUGAUGAAGAAAAGAAAAAGGCUGAAAAUACGAUAAAAUCAAUGGAAGCAUAUAUAGAUGAUCUUGAUAAUAUAAAAAAAAAAUCACAAGAAAUAGAAACAGAAAUGGACAUAAAAAUGGACAUAAAUAAGGAAAUGGAAGCGCUUAAAAUAUCACAUGAUGAUGACAAAAAAUGUCACGAUAAAAGUAAGAAUCAUAAAGAAAACAUUUCUGAUAUCUAUGAUAAAUCUUCAAAAAUAAUACAAGACUUUUCUAGGGAAUCAGAUAUAAAUGAUAUUAAAAACAAGUUACAGAAAAAUGUUUCUGAAUCUCAAAAUCAUAAUAGUGAUAUUAAUCAAUGUUUAAACGAAGUUGCGAACAUAUAUAAUAUUUUAAAAUUAAAUAAAAUUAAAAAAAUUAUUGACAAAGUAAAAGAAUAUACUAGUGAAAUUGAAAAGAAUAAAAAAAACAUAAAUGAUGAAUUAAAUAAUUCAGAAAAAGUAAUUAAAAAAAUCGAAGGCGAUUUAAGUUUAAAAGAAUGUAGAUCGAAAAUAAAUUCAACUUUAGAUGAUAAAGAUAUUGAUGAAUGUAUAAAGAAUAUUAACGUCUUAAAAAAAAAUAUUUUAAACGAAGAAACUAAUAUCACCAAUCAUUUUAAAAAUGCCGAAGAGUAUAAUAAAAUUGUAUUAUCAAACUUUAAUAAUAUAGAAAUGGCUGAUAAUAAAUCACAAUACAUAUUAGAAAUUAAAAAAAAUAAUGGCACUAAUGACCAUGAUUAUAAUAUCAAAGAAUUGAAAAGCCACAAGGAUAAGUCUAAUGGUUAUAAAACCGAGGCUGAUCAAAAUAAAAAAGCAAUCCAAAAAAAUAAGGAAUUAUUUGAACAAUAUAAAGAAGAAGUAACUGUACUUUUAAAUAAAUAUUAUGCGGUAGAAUUAAAAAAUAAAUUUGAUAAAACAAAAAAUGAUUCAAAACAAAUCAUAAAGGAAAUAAAAGACGCACACAACUAUUGUACAUUGGAAUCAGGCAAAUCUGAAAAAAAAAUGAAUGAAAUAAAAAACGAAAAAAUUCAUAUUGAAGAUGAAGUUGCUAACAAUGAUAAAUCUAAUAAAGCAAUAACAUCUAUUAAAGUAUCCGUAGAGCCAUUCAAAACAAAAAUCAUAAAAAUAAAUGAAAUAAGAACAAAAUCAGAUGAUUGCUUAAAAGAGACCAACGACUUAGAGAAACAAAUAUCAAAUUUAUCUAUAGAUACUCAAGAAACAAAACUAACAGAGAACGGGAAACAAUUAAAAACCCUUGAGGAACUUUUAGAAUCUCUCAAAAAACAAAAAAAAAAUAUUGAAGACCAAAAAAAAGAAUUAGAUGAAGUUAACUCCAAAAUUAAAAAUAUAGAAAAUACUGUAAAUCAGCAUAAAAAGAAUUACGAAAUUGGAAUUGUAGAAAAAAUAAAUGAAAUCGCCAAAACAAAUAAAAACCAAAUUGAAUCAACAAAAGAAUUAAUAAAACCAACAAUACAACAUAUAAUAUCUUCUUUUAACGCUAAUGAUUUAGAAGGUAUUGACAGUGAUGAAAACCUGGGAAAAUAUAAUACAGAAAUGGGUAAUAUAUAUGAAGAAUUUAUUAAAUCAUACAAUCUAAUAACAAAUUAUUUAGAAACGGUUUCAAAAGAAUCCAUAACAUAUAAUCAAAUUCAAAAUAAACGAAUAGACACACAAAAGGAACUCUUAAAAAAUAUAGAAAAUGUAAAUAAAGCCAAAUCCUAUUUAGAUUAUAUAAAAGAAAAUGAAUUUGAUAGAAUAGUCACACAUUUUAAAAAAAAAUUAAAUACUGUGAAUGAUAAUUUUAAAAACGAAUAUUCAAAAGUUAAUGAAGGGUUUGAUAAUAUUUCAAACUCUAUUAAUACUGUUAAAAAUUCAACUGAUGAAAAUUCAUUAUUAAAUAUACUAAAUCAAACAAAAGAAAUGUAUGCAAAUAUUGUCAAUAACACAUAUUAUAGUUAUAAAUAUGAGGCAGAAAACAUAUUUAGAAAUAUUCCGAAAUUAGCAAAUACUUUAAAUAUUAAAAUAAAAAACAGCUCAGGAAUAGAUUUAUUUAAAGAUAUUAAAAUAGCUAUAUUAUCUUACUUGGACUCCAAAACAGAAGAUACUCUAAUCUUUAUUCCAUCUCCACAAAAAAAAACAGAAACAUAUACAAAAAUAAGUGAUUCUUACAGUAUUCUUCUUGAUAUAUUAAAAAAAAGUCAGGAAUUGCAGAAAAAAGAACAACAAACAUUAAAGCUUAUAUUCGAAAACCGACGUUUAUAUGAAAAGGUUCAAGCAACUAAUGAAUUAAGAGGCACAUUAAGUGAUUUAAAAUAUAAAAAAGAAAAAAUAUUAAGUGAAGUUAAACUACUUUUGCAUAAAUCUAACGAAUUAAACAAAUUAUCAUGCAACUUUCAAAAUUAUGAUACCAUUUUAGAAUCGUCAAAGUAUGAUCAAGUCAAAGAAAAAAGCAAUAAUUAUAAACAAGAAAAAGAAAAACUAGGGAUAGAUUUUAAUGUAACAGAUAUGGAAGAAAAAUUUAAUAAUGAUAUUAAAGUUAUAGAAGAAUUAGAAAAUAAUUACGAUUCUUCAGAGGAAAAUAAUAAUAUUUUACAAUCUAAACAAAAACUAAAAGAACUAACUAACAAAUUUAAUGCUGAAAUAAAAAAAAUUGAUGAUAAAAUAAUAGAAAAAAAUGAUUUAAUUGAUAAAUUAAUAGAAACGAGAAAGAACUGCAUGCUUUUUACACAUACAACGUUAGCCGAGACUCUUAAAAUCAAAAUAACUGAUUACUCGAAAUUCAUAGAAUCUGCAACUAAAUUUUCAAAAGAAUUUUUAAAAUACAUUGGUGAUACUUCCAAUUCUUUAAAUGAUGACAUCGCCACAUUGCAACUAAAAUAUGAUUUACAUCAAAUAAACAAAUAUGUAACAAGUAAACUUUCAGAUGCAACUAAUGAUAAUAAUAAUUUAAUAGAAAAGGAAAAGGAAGCAACUCAGGCAAUCAAAAACUUGACCAAGCUAUUUACAAUAGAUUCAAAUAACAUCGAUGCCAAUGCAUUACACAAUAAUAAAAUACAAAUGGUUUAUUUCAAUUCUGAACUUCAUAAAUCAAUCGAAUCCAUAAAACAACUUUAUAAAAAAAUGCAUGUCUUUAAAUUAUUAAAUAUAGGUCAAAUUAAUGGAAAAUAUUUUGAUAUAUCCAAACAAUUUGAUAAUAUUUUACAGUUGCAGGAAAGUGAAUUAACAGCAAAUUUAAAUGAUUUAAAGGAAAUUGGUCAAAAGAUUUCUGAUAAAAAAAAUAAAUUCCUUCAUGCACUAAAUGAAACUCCAAUUCCUAACUUCAAUACACUUAAAGAGAUAUAUCAUGAUAUUGUUAAGUAUAAACGUCAGAUAGAUGAAAUAGAAAAUAUUACUAGCGAAGAAAACGAAAAUAUAACCUUAUAUAUAGACACAAUUACCAAAUUAAAGGAGAAAGUCCAAAGCAUUUUAAAUUUUGUUACAACAUAUGAAAAUGAUAGUAAUAUAAUCAAGCAACAUAUUCAAGACACUAAUGAAAAUGAUGUAUCAAAAAUUAAAGAAUCUUUAAAAACCACAAUUCAAUCAUUUCAGGAAAUUCUAAAUAAAAUAAAUGGAAUCAAAGCCCAAUUUUAUGAUAAUAAUAAUAUAAAUAAUAUAAAUAAUACUAUAUCUACCAUAUCACAAGAUGUAAAUGAUGUUAAAAAACAUAUUUCUAAGGAUUUAACUAUAGAAAACGAACUUAUCGAAAUACAAAAGAGUUUAGAAGAUAUUAAAAAUUCUACUUAUGAGAUCAGAAGCGAGCAAAUAACCAAUUAUGUCAAUACUAUACGAAAUUAUGUUGAACAACAAACUAACAAAAUUCAAAAUAAUUCAAAUAAAGAUGAAAUAGACGAUAUAAUACAAAAAAUCCUUAAUUAUAAUAAAGAAUCAGAAACAAAAUUACCCACCAUUACAGGUAAUAAAAAUAAUGUUACAUCAAUAAUCUCUCGUAUUAACAAAGUCAUUAAUUUAAUCGAAUCAGAAUAUGGUAACAAUAAUAAUGUAUCAUAUAAUGUUGCCAAAAAACUUGAAGAAGAUGCCAAUAGCAUAAUUCUUGAUUUAGAUAAGAGUCAAAACAUCCUUAAAGAUUUAAUACAGCAAAAUUUAAAAAUUAUAGACGAUUUAAAAAAUAAAAAACAGGAGAUAGAAAAUCGUAAUAAUUUACAGACUAUUAAUAGGGAACAAGAAAUAACGCAAACAGAACAUGUUAACAAUACAUAUCAUCAUGAUAUUAAUGACAUUAAUGAUAUUAAUGAUAUUAAUGAUACAAACGAUAUAAAUCAAAAUCACCAAAACUCAAGUUCAGAUAAAAAAGACUAUUCCAAAACAAGAGAUACAGAAAAUUCGGUUAAAUAUGCCGGAGCAAUUGCAUUUGCCUUAGUAGGAUGUUAUAUAAUUAUAAGAAUAAAAGAAAAAAGGGAUAAAAAUGAAAUGGAAUUCGAUAAAUCUAAAGGUUUUUAUGAUGACGGUGAAAGUACGCUUUUUGAAAGAGAAGAUGAAGUUAUAGAAAUAGAUAUGAACGAGGAUUUAUCAUUUAAUUAA